CCAGUAGGGGGCGCACCUCUGAGAGAGACUCGCAUGAUUGUGCGCAGUUUCGUGUGCAACAAAGUACCGAGCUCGGCAGCUAGCGAGGGGACAGAACCGACCCCCCAGGGACUGUUUAUCUUUCCUGCCUUUUCAAACCGUUUUUCAGUCCGUGUCCUAAGCUCCCGGUGGCCUGCUGGCAGAUCAAUACAGACGGGAACUGACGCAGUUUCAACCUUCGGACGGUGCUUGGACGCUCGCGGGGGGAGCGAGGUGCUUUCUCGGACAGAAGGGCAGCCGCGGCUCCGGCGAGCUGGCGUAGAAAAGAGAGAACCAGCGAUACUCAGCGAGUCGGUCAGCCGGGGAGAGCCGGGAGGACCACGGCACAGCCGCCGCCAGCGCCACGGGGAGCCGGGGCCCGGGGGGGAGCCUGCCAGGCCUUCGGCUUGAUGCACCCUGCCUGCCUCGCCUUAGCCGCAGUCCGAGAUGGGGGAGACGAAAAUUAUCUACCACCUCGACGACCAGGAGACGCCGUAUCUGGUGAAGCUGUCUGUGCCGGCGGACAAAGUCACUCUGGCGGACUUCAAGAAUGUCCUGAAGAAGCCAAAUCACAAAUUCUUCUUCAAAUCCAUGGACGAUGACUUCGGGGUGGUAAAGGAGGAAAUAUCCGACGACAACGCUAAGCUGCCCUGUUUUAAUGGACGUGUGGUGUCAUGGCUGGUCUCUGGAGACGGGGCCCACACAGAUGCAGGCUCAGUUGCAGAUAGUUCCGAGCCAACGCCCCCUUUGGAGAGGACCGGGGGCAUUGGAGACUCGAGACCACCGUCCUAUCAUGGGAAAGCGGCGAGCGGUCGGGACAGUUUGGACAAUGACACGGAGACCGGCUCCAUGGUGUCGCAAAGGAGAGAGAGGGAGAGGCCAAGACGGAAACAAACCAACGACCACGGUGGGAGGCAGAAUGGCUUAUCAUCACGGGCGAUGGGACGCGGCGGCGCCGAGUAUGACAGCUGCUCGUCCUUCAUGAGCAGCGAGUUGGAGUCCACUUCCUGCUUUGAUUCAGAGGAUGACGACGCAACCAGCAGAUUUAGCAGCUCCACUGAACAGAGCUCCUCUCGUCUAAUGCGACGACACCGCCGUCGCCGACGGAAACCUAAGGCCUCCAAUAUAGACAGGUCCUCAUCGUUCAGCAGCAUCACAGACUCCACCAUGUCUCUCAAUAUUAUCACUGUCACUCUGAACAUGGAGAAGUACAACUUCUUGGGCAUCAGUAUUGUGGGUCAGAGUAACGAGAGGGGAGACGGAGGAAUCUACAUCGGCUCGAUCAUGAAGGGAGGAGCUGUGGCUGCAGAUGGACGCAUAGAGCCCGGGGACAUGCUUUUGCAGGUGAAUGACAUCAACUUUGAGAACAUGAGCAAUGACGAUGCAGUCCGAGUGCUGAGGGACAUCGUACACAAGCCAGGCCCCAUUACUCUCACUGUGGCCAAGUGCUGGGACCCGAAUCCUCGGGGUUGCUUUGCUCUGCCAAGGAGUGAGCCAAUCCGGCCCAUCGACCCAGCCGCGUGGGUGUCCCACACGGCAGCCAUGACCGGGGUGUACCCCCCGUAUGGCAUGAGCCCUUCAAUGAGCACCGUCACCUCUACCAGCUCCUCCAUCAGCAGCUCUAUCCCUGAGACUGAACGAUUCGACGACUUCCACCUCUCCAUCCACAGUGACAUGGCAACGGUUGCUAAGGCCAUGGCCUGCCCAGAGUCAGGUCUGGAGGUGCGGGACAGGAUGUGGCUCAAGAUCACCAUCGCUAACGCCUUUAUUGGUUCUGAUGUGGUGGACUGGCUCUUCCAUCACGUGGAAGGCUUCUCGGAUCGCCGCGAAGCCCGCAAAUAUGCCAGCAACCUGCUGAAGGCCGGCUACAUCCGACACACUGUGAACAAGAUCACCUUCUCUGAGCAGUGCUACUAUGUCUUCGGAGACCUCUGUGGCAACAUGACCCACCUGUCUCUCCAUGAUCAUGAUGGUUCCAGUGGCGGUGCCUCAGAUCAGGACACUCUGCCCCCUCUUCCCCACCCCGGGGCAGCUCCCUGGCCCAUGCCCCUGCCCUACCAGUUCCCUAUCCCUCAUCCUUACGAACUGCCGCAGCCCUUCCAUGGCGGACCAGGCGCUGGCAGUGCAGGAAGCCAGCACAGUGGAAGCAGUGGCUCUAACUGCAGCAAAAACGAGGGUCGGAAGUCCGGGGGCAGUGGCAGCGAACCUGAGAUCAGGAGCCACCGAGCUCCAAGCGAGCGCUCAGUCGCUCCCCCUAGUGAGCGCAGCGUCCGUAGCUCUGUCAGCCACCGCAGUGCCAACUCCCACUCAAUAGCCUAUGGGCCUGGCCUUGUGUAUGGCCCCCCUGGCCUGCCCCCCCAGCCCCCACAUCUGUCCACCGCUGCACCCGGCGCCCCACCAGGCAGAGAGCUUUCCUCCGUGCCCCCUGAGCUCACCGCGUCACGCCAGUCUCUGCGCUUGGCCGUGGGCAACGCCGGAGAGUUCUUUGUUGAUGUGAUGUGAUGGAGGUUGUAGGCCGAUCACAGUCGCAGAUUAGGCUUUCUCAUGUCAUAAGGCGGGGAAGGACAGCGUGACAGGACAGGAGGGAAGGAAGACUGCAGAAGCUACAACCCAAGGCCGUGAUUCCACUUUCCUGAAUGGAACCAAUCCUGCUGUGUUUGCUGAGAGAAAGUGCUCCCCCUCUCUUUUGCUUUUUUCCUAGUAGUUGUGGCCAUACUUUCUUCAGUGAAGAAGCCCCCUCAGUCAAGAUGGAACCAAAGCGCCUUUCUCAUUUUACGCUCCUUGGUGGGGAAGAGUUUGUGUGAGGACAAAAAGCAAGAGAGAGAGAGAGAGAGAGAGAGCGAGCGAGCGAGAGACCGAGCGAGAGACCGAGCGAGAGAGAUAGCAAGAGGCAGUGGAACUGGACAGCAGGGGGAGGAUGACUCAGCCCUUUUUUUCUACAUGGAUGUUUUUCAUUUGUUCUUCUCUUCACCCUUCCCUCCUCUCCGCCUUCCUUAUCUUACAUUCUCUGUCCUCCCCCACCCAUGUCCACGUCAAAACCAAGAGAGAAAAAGAAGCCUCUUUCCUCCUUCCGUUCUUUCAAUUUCCACUUCCUCUUACAAGAAAAGAAAACUGAGAGAAAGCAGAAAUGAACACUAACUGUUGAACUUAUUCAGACGUUUUAAAUGUUUGCCUGACUUAAAGAGAGAAAGAAAUGGAAAGAUCUGUAUGUAGUGCAAGAGAAGCAGUCCUUCUUACUGUAUGAAUGCAUUUGUUUUAUGAUUAUAUACGUAGUUGGUCACAACUAGUUUCAUUUUCUAAUGCUUAACAUGAGCAUCGAGCUUCAAGAGUCAUUUUUACACUACACAGCUGCAUUUUCAUCUGUUAACCAGAGCAUUUUCAGACUCUGUCUUGUGAUAAUGUAUAGUGGAGAAAAAAAAAUUCUUACCAUGUCUUUCACUCUACUCUUGCAAGGAAAAAAAUGUCUUUUUAUUUAUAAAUAUAGUUUUAUGACUUAA